GGAACGCCAUGUUUAUUUCUUUUCCGUCAUUCCUUUGCCGCGCCAUUUAGCGCUACGGUGUUGGUAUCGUCUGAAGCGUUUGCUAUUUGAUUUGCGGCAUUCUAUCAAAAUGGGAAAAAAAGUGAGAGAAUACAAGUCUGGAGACUUCAUUUUCGCCAAAGUUAAAGGGUAUCCAGCAUGGCCAGCCAGGGUACAAAGACUGAAUGGCAAGAAAUAUUUUGUAUAUUUCUAUGGAACAGGAGAAACCGCAAACCUCCCACCGAACAUGAUAUUCGACUACGCAGAGAACAAAGAGAAGUUUCUGACCAAGACGGUGAAGAGACGGGACUUCAACGACGGUGUGAAGCAGAUCGAACAUGACUUCGCUAAUAAUGUCCCUCUGGAGCAAGUUAUUGGGCUGGCGGCUGAGCCGCCAGCCGAAGCUGCUAAUGACAGCGCUAACGACACUGCCAACGAUACGAUGGAAGAGACGACCGCCGACACCACAGCAGACGAUACUGUAGCCGAUGAGAGCGCUGCGAACGUGACGCAGAACGACACAGCGGUUGAAGACUCCGACGACGCAGGAGCCCUGGUAAUAGACGAGGCUAAGAAGGGUCGUAAAGGCAAAGACGCCAAGACACCAGCCAAAGAAGCCCCCAAGCCUAAAGAACCAAAAACGCCCCGCGGGAAACCGAAGAAGGAUCAGGAACCAAAGGAGGAUGAAGAAGAAAACGCCAAAAAUGAGGAGAUUGUCAGCAGGAGUGGCAGGAAGAUCAGGCCGAAAAGAUACAUAGACGAACAAACAGAAGAAAACGCCACUCUACCCUCCCCGCUACCCAAAAAGAGGCGCGGGGCUUCCCCCACUGCUGAAAAAGAAAAGGAGAAAGAGACAAAAGAAAAAGCCCCUGAAAAGAGCGGGAAACUGUACAACGCUGUUCCACAGUCGGAGCUUGAAGAUCUGAAGGAACCGUUCAAAUCGGAGGACCCGGAGAAAGACAACAUCCUAAUAGCGUACUUGCCGUCGGGACAGUACGUAGGGGUGAAGCUUUUCCAGUCCCGUCCCACCAGUUUCAAGAACGACUCGUCUCGCCUACAGUGGGACAAGCGGGCCGCCUCUAAUGCGCUCACUCUCAAACUGCAGUUGGAAAGGGGUCAAAUCACUCCUCUGUCGAUUCAGGCACAACUGGUGAUGGAUCUCAACCUCACUGAUGAAGAAAAAGCUGCCUUAGACAAGGAGAGGGAAACUGAAGAGAAGAAGUCUCGCGUACAGUUCCUCAAGACUGAGAUGAAGCUGAUAGAGUUAGACGCCAAGAUUAAGACGUGUUUAUGCUUGGAGAAGGCAGACACUGAGCUGUGUUUAAAACUGCUGGAUGAGCUGAUGGAAUUGGACAUAAAACCGCUCAUGCUUCUCAAACAUCCGACCUGCUUGGAGACGGUGAAGCGUAUGAGGGCCUACGUGGGCAACACGCCAUCCUGGGACCUCAGCGAGAGUGCCGCGCUGGUGUUCGGCAAGCAAGCGCACAGGAUCCGCCGCCAGGCCGACGCCGCCUACAAGAACGUCAAGGAGCUGUUCGUUACCCCAGAAGGUCUGUCUUUCUGGGAAUUCUUCUCAGAGCGGGUGCUUCAGUUCAAGAAAGCAACAGCCAAGCUCACCGCAGACGAACUACUUGAAUUGGUGCACGAACCACUAGAGAUGACGAUGCCCACUUCGCACACAAUGAAGUCAUCAAUAGAGGCCGCCAACGAGGAAGAAGCUAAAGAAACAGAGGAGGAAGAAUCCACGGCCAAGAAGAAGGGAACACCAGCUAAACCAAAGAAAAACGCAACCACCACUCCGUCGAAACCACCGCUAAAGCGACAGUCUUCUAGGAAGCAGCAAGAAGAAAAGGACAAAGAAAAAGAGCAAGAAAAGGACAAGACUGACUCAGAAGAACCGGAAGACGAACAAAAACCGGAAGAACCGGAGAAACCGGAAGACGCCGACACCGAAGACAGCCAAGACGAAACCUUAGCGGAAGUACAAGAAAAAGAAAAGGAAAACUCAGAGAAAGAGGCUUCGAGCAGCAAAGAGUCCAAAAGUAAAGACAAAGAACAAAAUAAAAAUAAAGAGAAAGAAACAAACAAUAAAGAAGCUAAAAAAGAAUCCAAGAAAGAUUCAAAUAACAAAGACAAAAAAGAAAAUGGGAAAGAAACUAAAAAGGAAGUUGCUAAUAGUAAGGAAGCUAAAAAAGAUACUAAAAAUAAAGAAAAGGAAGUGAACGAUACGGAAGAAUCGCCGGAAACGGAAGCUGAGAAAGGAAGCGAGACAGAGAAAGAGAAAAGUCCGAGUCCGAGUGAUAAGGAAAAGAGCGAGAAGAAAGAUAGCGAAGAACAGAAAGACGAUAAAGCUGAAGACAAGGACAAGGAAAUCUCGGAACCUCGAGCGAAGAGAUCAAGAGAGAGCAAGAAGACUGAACCGCCGCCUCCAAGGUCACCAGCGAAAAGAAAGUCCAAAUUCUAGGUGUUGCCAACAGUGAAAAAUAAGGAUUUUAUUUUUUUACUAGCCCCUCAACGAGGACGGAUGUGGUACGAACUAAAUCCUAGCUGAUAGUGUAUAAAUAAAUAUGUUAGCUUUUUAUGAACUUAAAGCUCAAAAUUAGUACAUUUUCUGAGUCCAAUUUGUUUAAAUAAUUUAGGCUAGCACCUACUGAGCAAUUUUCCUGAUUUGGUUACUGACAGAGUUAAAUUAUGUCUUUAAAAUUCACUGUUAACACCUGUGAAAUCACUACAUAAACAUAAAUAAGUCUUACUAAAGUGGUUUGAGAUUGUUUGAAGUAUGUUGCUGUAUGUCAGCAUUCUUCGGGCUAUAUACAGGUUGCUUAUUUUUAUGUGUGCAAUAUAACAAAGCAACAAAACUUAGAGAAAAUCUAAAAUGACCUCUAGAUUUUAGUGUGAAAUACUUUUAAACAGAUAAUAACAGGUAUACCAAUUCGUAUUGAAUAAACAUGUUAAUAUGUUAUUCAAAAUAUUGUACACAUUAAAAUUAAGAACCUGUAUAUCAGUAUAAAUGUAAAAUUGACGAAACUACAUCUAUACAAAUAUGUGUAAGGAUACAACUAAACAGUUGAAAAAUAACUUCGUAAAAGUAUAUUCAACUACCACUUUAUUUCUACAGCAUGAAUAGAUUUUACUUUUAUAUUUUUUGUUUUUAUAUUUAUUUUUGACAACAGAUUUUUAUUUUUUCUUUGGACUGCUUGUGUUAGUUUACCGUAAUAGUAUAGUUGAAAAUUUAUAGAUGUUUUAAAUCCAUCACAAGGCUUUUUAUAUGAUUCUGUUGUUCAAAAAUGAUAAGAUUAUGAAUCGGUUAAAUUUUCUCAAGGCUAAAGAUUCCUGGCUCUUGUCUAGAAAGAUUCUGUUAACAAUAUUAAUAAUAAUUAUAUAUUUACUCACGAGAGACGCUGUCUACUUGUGUGUCUAAAUACAAUCCCAGAUAUGUUUUUUACGAUCUGUUGAAUCAAAUUAACGUCACAUUUUGCAAGCAAGGAAAAUUUCUGCCUAGAUUAUGUGUCCAGGGAAUCCCUUUUUUAAAUUAGACUACCUGAAAGAACAGGCUUCCAAAAAUCUGAUCAAGAAAAUUGUUUUCUAAUUUUAUAGUUAAAAAUACUAGUGUAUUUUAAGUAGAUAUAUGACUUGUUCAAGAAUACAUUAAUUUUGUAAAAGAAAAUUAGCAGUAAGCUAUGGAAAGUACAUCGUAUUAGCAUAAAAUUUAUAUCAUCUUAGUGAUACUUUAGAUUUUAACUCCCAUUGUAAAUACUACAAUAAAUUACUCGUAAAAUUAA